CCCAGAAUUCAAAAAUUCCCCCACACACCUUCUCUAGUUCUCUCCCACUGAGUUUGAGUUCAAACUUCUACGACUCGGCGGCAAUGGCUGUGCGAUUCUCAACUUCUUGAACAUUUCAUCUCUCUUUCUCUCUCUUUCUUCAGAGAUGCAAUCAGAGAUUUUUCCAUGGACGGGGAUCCUAACCUUCCAGUCCCACAAGUGAGUUCCGACACCAAUCUCACCCCUCCGAUCAACUCCAACUCCUCGUCUUCUUCUUCUUCUUCUUCUACUUCCUCGUCUGGCCCAAACCUCGAAGAACGUGCUCUUCUCCGUGAUCUUCAAGUUUUUAUGAAACGACACCGUUCCAUUGGUACAUUGCCACCAACUAAUUACUUACCAAGACGUGUGCCACCGCAAAGGGAGACAUCUAAAAGCUCAGGGCUGUAUUCAGGUUUAACAGUAGAGACCAAAAGGAUUGUUGAAACAAGUGAGAGAUCGUCUGUCAUUGAAGCUCAGGAAGAUGCAUCUCUUACAACUCCUAACUUCACGGGUACAAUCACAAAUACAUAUGAUGAAAAGUAUAACCCAUUUGGAGGGCACAUGCAGGAAGAGCACCUAAAUUACAAAGAUGUUGAUAUGAAUAUUUCGUCUUGUGUAGAAUCAAAACAUUGUCAAAUGGUAGAGGGUACAAAAAGGGUCAAGUUUUCAUUGGCCAGCUCUGCCAAUUCACAGGGGGCUGAUGGUCAAAUGGCCACCAGAUUGGACAACUUAUCUUCUCAUAUGGAUUCACUUGCAUUGGCAGAAAUGGAGUGGGAAGCAGUUAAUCAAGCAGAAUCAUCAAAUGCCAUUAGCAAAGAACUGAAACAACCGAUUUCUGUCAGAGCUGAUGCAGAUGGUGUUUCGAGAGCUGAUGGAGGCUCGUCUGUACCAGCAGUAGGAAUUUCAUCUCUUCAGAACCAGCUGCACCACUUAAGGAAUUUCCUGCACACUGAUGUAAGCCAACCAAUGACCCAGUCUUCUGUGGUGGGAUUAUCUUGUGCCACCACAACCUCUGUCCAUGCAACAUCUGCACCAAGACUUAGUUCAACAACCCAUUUUUCAUGUCCACACCAUGAUAGUUUAGCUCCAGGGUCCUUAGCUGAUGCCAGUCUGAAAACUCAGAACAUAGCCCUAGGAGACGGGAUGCGGCAAGCUAUCUCUACAUCCGUGAUUGACAGUGGAGCUGACUCUGACAGAGCACUCAGUGGAGCUCAAGCUUCGAGCUUUGAAUCAAAUGCCUUAAUAGAAGCUAAAGAAAUUAAGGAACGCAACAUGGUGCAGCAAAGUCAAGUACUUGCAAAUCCAUCCCGAACUGAAGGGCCGUCCAUAAAGGAGAAAGGACAGGGGCCUGAUACUGCAAAUAUCCCACCACCUUGCUCCUCGUCAAAGGAUUUAACUUCUACUGCAAAUCUGGAACCCCCUAAACCAGAAAAACACGAAAAGGCACCAUCGCGGAAAAAGGGUUAUGAUCCUGACCAUUUUUUUAAAGUUAAUGGUAAACUUUACCAAAGGCUUGGCAAGAUAGGAUCUGGUGGAAGCAGUGAGGUGCACAAAGUUAUUUCAUCUGACUGUACAAUUUAUGCCCUGAAAAAAAUCAGGCUUAAAGGUCGUGAUUAUGCUACUGCCUAUGGAUUUUGUCAAGAGAUCCUGUAUUUGAAGAAGUUAAAGGGGAAUGAUAACAUCAUCCAACUUGUUGAUUUCGAGGUAACGGAUAAAGCUUUGCUCCAUGAAGUUAUGAACGGCUCCAUUACUAACAAGGACAAUAGACUGAAGGAUGAUGGAUAUAUUUACAUGGUUCUUGAGUAUGGAGAAAUUGAUUUGGCUCAUAUGUUGUCACAAAAGUGGAGAGAAAUUGAAGGCUCCAACUCAACAAUGGAUCAGAACUGGCUUCGUUUCUACUGGCAGCAAAUACUACAAGCUGUGAAUACGAUUCAUGAGGAGCGUAUAGUGCACUCCGACCUGAAGCCAGCUAAUUUCCUCCUUGUCAAAGGUUCAUUGAAGCUCAUUGAUUUUGGCAUUGCUAAGUCUAUAAUGAGUGACACAACCAACAUCCAACGGGAUUCCCAGGUGGGUACAUUGAGUUACAUGUCUCCGGAGGCAUUUAUGUGCAGUGAAAGUGAUGCAGAUGGGAACGUUAUAAAGUGUGGGCGGCCAUCAGACAUAUGGUCUCUUGGUUGCAUACUUUAUCAAAUGGUUUAUGGACGAACACCCUUUUCAGAAUACAAGACAUUCUGGGCAAAGUUCAAAGUAAUAACUGAUCCCAAUCACAAAAUCAUAUAUGGUCCAGUUUCCAACCCUUGGCUUCUAGAUCUUAUGAAGAAAUGCCUUGCUUGGGACCGCAAUGAAAGAUGGAGAAUUCCUCAGCUUCUUCAACACCCAUUUCUUGUCCCUCCUGUACAGCAGCAGUUGUCCCCUUCACUAGACCAAAACUGUAAAUUUAUUCAGCUCAUCAAUGAAUCUUGCGCAAAAGUACCAAGUCUGUGUUCGGAGCUCCAACAACUACUAGGAGAUCCAACCGACACAUCACAAGAUCAGCAACUUCAAAUAAUAUCACAAAUUUCAAGUAUCUGGCAGCAACUCCAGGUACACAUCACAAAGACGACUGAGCUAGGCUAAACAUUGAAGAGGAAUUUUGUCUUCUUUCUGGCACCAUGGGUUAUUUUGUGAAUAAAUUCUUACUAUCAAUACUUUUUCCAUGGCGCCUUUCAACAGACUGGUAGAAUCAUAGAUUAUGAUGGUUGUACAAUCCUGUAAUUUCCAAGAAAUGAAUGUAGCUCCUCUUUUGUUUUAAAGUGAAAUAGUGUCCUUGUAUAUUUUUGUUGAAAAUGUUAUUUUGCUGGUUUGGUUUGGGUUGGUUUGUU